ACUGACACAGCCACCCGAUAUAUACACGACCGGAUCCUGCGCACUGCCAGUUCCAUCAGGUUGGAGUGCAAAGAUUUUCUUUUCCCAUUCGCACGGCCACGGAUUUUCCACGUUACAUAAAUUUCGAAAGCAUUUUUCAACUAUUUUCCGCAUCGGUUACGACAGUUUCAGCUCGCUUUUUCAAACCGGACUUCGAGAUUCGAGUGAGCAGGAUGUGCAAGUAUCCGAGAAUCGCAUGAUUAACGCGCUCCAUUCGCACAAAGGCGCCAAGUUGUCGCAAUCAAAGGCAAAAAUCUGAGUCAAAAUUCAGUUUUAUUUUCUAGAUUGUUAAUCCCCAUGUGACGACAGUAGUUAAGAAAUUCGAAUACCAUUGCGGAAUCUGGAGGCCAACGAAAUUGUUAAAGAAAAUUCUGAUAAAAUCGAUAUACUUCGCACGCCUUCUUGACACCACCGCAGCCGCCGCCAUCAGGGCAAUACCACCCCCACCUCCAACACUGCUAACACCACCACCACCACCACCAACACCGCCAUCGCCAUAAGCCAUUCCAGCAUCAUCAGGGCCGUUAGUAGCCAGCAUCCAACAUGUCAUUCAUAGCCAAAUUGAAAGCCACGCCAUUGCCGCCACUGAGAAACAUACUCAAUGUGGCCGUGCAAACGGCCCGACAGCAAAUUCCAGAGCGCAAGGACUACGAGCAACCGCCGGGUAGCACCGCCCAGCAGCAUCACCACAGCCAGCAGGCCCAGCACAAGGCCAUGGAGGCGGGCAUGGAUGGCGGAGACACCACCGAGAUGAGCUCGAAUCCCUUCCGGAACGCCGGUAGCUGGACAAACGAUGGCGAGGACGGAGGCGAUGGCGAGUACAGGAACGAGUACCAGAGCACAUCCUUCAAUGAGUACGACGGCCGGUAUCAGCAAACGGACGGCUUUAGGCAAGGUAGCAUCGCCUCCGAGGGAAGCUCAUUUGUAUGCGAGGGAGAAGGUGGCGGCGGCUGCAAAAUCGACGAAUUCCAAGCGGCCUGGAACGUGACCAACGCCAUUCAGGGCAUGUUCAUCGUAUCGCUGCCAUUUGCCGUGCUCCACGGCGGCUAUUGGGCCAUUGUGGCCAUGGUGGGAAUAGCACACAUCUGCUGCUAUACAGGCAAGGUCCUGGUGCAGUGUCUAUACGAACCGGAUCCGGCAACGGGACAAAUGGUGCGAGUACGCGACAGUUAUGUGGCCAUAGCCAAGGUAUGUUUUGGGCCCAAAUUGGGCGCCCGGGCAGUCAGCAUUGCCCAGCUCAUCGAGCUACUGAUGACCUGCAUCCUGUACGUGGUGGUGUGCGGCGAUCUAUUGGCCGGAACGUAUCCACAGGGCUCGUUCGACUCGCGAUCCUGGAUGCUGUUCGUGGGCAUAUUCCUGCUGCCCAUGGGAUUCCUUAAGUCACUGAAAAUGGUAUCAACGCUCUCGUUCUGGUGCACAAUGUCGCACAUCGUGAUAAACGCCGUGAUACUGGGCUAUUGCCUGCUGCAGAUUGGCGAUUGGGGCUGGUCCAAGGUCCGCUUCAGCAUCGACAUGGAGAACUUUCCGAUCUCACUGGGCGUCAUCGUCUUCUCGUACACCUCCCAGAUCUUUCUGCCCACGCUCGAGGGCAACAUGAUCGAUCGCUCCAAGUUCAACUGGAUGCUGGACUGGUCUCACAUAGCGGCUGCUGUGUUUAAGGCCGGAUUCGGGUACAUCUGCUUUCUGACCUUCCAGAACGACACACAGCAGGUGAUUACCAACAAUCUGCACUCGCAGGGCUUCAAGGGCAUGGUGAACUUCUUCCUGGUCAUCAAGGCCCUUCUGAGCUACCCCUUGCCAUACUAUGCUGCCUGUGAGUUGCUCGAGCGCAACUUCUUUAGAGGUCCGCCAAAGACCAAAUUUCCAACCAUCUGGAAUCUGGACGGGGAACUGAAGGUUUGGGGUCUGGGCUUCCGUGUCGGCGUCAUUGUAUCCACCAUACUGAUGGCCAUCUUCAUUCCCCACUUCUCCAUUCUGAUGGGUUUCAUUGGCAGCUUCACUGGCACAAUGCUCAGCUUUAUCUGGCCUUGCUAUUUCCACAUCAAGAUCAAGGGGCAUCUGCUCGAUCAGAAGGAAAUAGCCAAAGACUACCUCAUCAUUGGGCUCGGCGUGCUCUUCGGCGUUAUUGGUAUCUACGAUUCGGGCAAUGCCCUCAUAAAUGCAUUUGAAAUCGGUCUUCCAUUUUAAAUUGAAUGUAAACUAUCCAAUCAAAAGAUUCUUAUUUAUGAUACUCGACUCUUUUGGGCAUGGCAAGUCUUCCAGAUGCUCUGUCAUCAAUUUGGCUGUGUCCAAAAUAUCGAGGAUCGAGUUAAACAAAUACCAUAAAUGCGAAACGAAAUUAUAAAACAAUAAUGUUAGUCUGUAAGAAACGAAACGCAAGUCUUCCAAACAAGCGAAAAAAUGUCUUCCAAACAAAAGUAAUAUUGAUAUAUGAUAUACACAAUGAAUAAGUUAAGAGAAACGAUGAUUAUAUAAAUAUACAUAAGUAUGUACGAAUAUGAGAAAAAGAGAAAUAUUUAUUGUGUUAAUAUGCAUUAUAAGAUAUAGACAAAUUGAACAGAGUAAAACGAUAAACUGCAAAUGUACAUCAUUAUACAAAUGCAAAACAAAGUGUAUGAGUAUGUUAUAGAUAGAACUCAUUGUUUAUAUAUAGCCGAGCGGAUUUUUUUAACGUUUAAAUAUACAGUUACCUUUACAUACUAGCCCUUAAAACGACACUAGCAUCUUUUAAACUCUCAAUAAAGACAUCAUCUCCAGUUGAUCCUAAAAGAAAACCCCAUUCUUGGUGCAAAGAAACCCAAAGACGUCGAUUUAAGAAUGUUGUCUUUAUUGUUAAUAUUCAUUUUCGGAUUGGUUUGUAUAUUGUAUAAAACGUAUAUUGUCAUGGAAGCUUAGCCUAUCAUUAAUAUGGGAUUUUUGUGUUAGUAAAGCAAAGGAUAUGUAUAAUA